GACUGAACUGAAGCCUAAAAAUAAAGACAAGUGGUGAUGUACACCAAACAACUCUGCAAAUAGAGCAACGUACCCUGUUAACAAACCCCAUUGAUCAGAGUAUCUAACCUCUGAGUACAGGCAGUCUGGAACUUGAAAAGGGUACCACCACCAGCAAUUAAGACCUUAUGGCUUGGAGAACAUACCCUCUAUCCAGGCCUUAAAUACCCAGUCUCUAUCUCUCACUCUUCUUCUGUCCCAAACUGACGGAUAUGCCUUGCCUAUCCCAUUUAAUAUAUUAACUGUCCAUUUAUCUUCUCUUCAAAAUUGCCUAAACUACCACUUACCCUCUUCUUCUUCAUUUCCAAAACCCUCCAUUCACUUCAACUAAUGGCCACCACCAGGGAGCCCAAACCAGUUAAACAGCUUCGAGAACUUCUUCAAGAGCAGCAAGAACCUUUUAUUCUGAGGAAGAGCUUUAAUGCGGGAAGUAGCUUCCCCCGCUGUCAUGGCAAUUCAAGAAAGUCCUUCAAAAGGUCAUUUAGUCUUUGUCUUAAAAGUAGCAAAAUAGGUAUUCCUCACUGUCCAAAAGUAUUAAGAAGUAUAUAUAAUCAGGUCAUUUCCUUCAACGAGAGGCUCAGAAUCAAAACUUCCAAUCACAGAGAUGGAAAUGGUGAUGUUACAGAGAAUAAGGACAGGAAUAGCCAAGAAGCAGGAGAAUUAGAUAGUUUUUCUUCUGCUAGCACCUCAACAGUGUUUAAUUCAUGCUCUGGAAGCGAUGCUGAUGCAGAUGCAGAAGAAUCCUCCAUUUCACAGCAAAAGGAUCACAUCUCAUUCACAGCAAACACUUCCCAGUCUUUCAGACUCUGCAAUAAUGAGGCUGUUACAGAUAGAAAGCUCCAAAGGCAAUGCAUAGAAGACAGUAAACAGCACAGUCCUGUGUCCGUACUAGAAGAGGUAGCUUCACAUAGAGGUUACCCACUUCAUAACAAUGAACCAGAGUACUUCAGCACAGUAAGAGAAAAGAAUCCCACAAAAACUUGCGCUCAUUCCCCCAAGAAAGUCACAGAAGACUCCAUUCUAUCAGCUUCUCUGUGGAAAAUACUUUUCCACUCAGCAACAGAGAAAUCAACUUUACCAGGAGUCUCAGAAAUACAGGAGCUUGUCCAUUAUAAUCUUUCUUCACAGCACUUGAAAUCUAAGUCAGCUUUGCAGCAAACAAGGCAACUUCUUUUUGAUUGUGUAAAGGAGAUAGUAGAGAACCAAGGAAGGAAGGAGAAGCAACAGGGAGAAUAUUUGGAGGCAGAAGAGCUUGGAAAGCUCAUUGGAGAGAAGAUAAAGUUGUGGGGAAAACAGUCUGGUGAAGAAUCAACCUUCGGAGAACAAAUGGAAAUGGAAUUUCGGGAAUCAGCACAAGAGUGGAGUGGUUAUAAGGCACAGCGAAGGAAAAUUGGGUCUAUAAUAGGGGAUGCCAUUUUGGAAGAGAUCAGCAGUGAAAUAGUUAUGGACAUGAUUGCCUGAUUUCAUAUCACUAAUCGCCAGAUGUUGAGCUGAUAUUCUCCUAAUUAGAUUGUCAAAAUCAGCUAAUAUAGUUUGUGAGCAUAUGAGCAGAGCUAAAGAAUAGAUGAAACUCUUUAUCAUUUUGGUCCAAACAAUCUCAAUUUGUAACUUCGUUCCUCCAUGAAUGCAUUUUCUCAGAGCUAACAGGACGUAAGGUUUUUUGAACAGUGAAUGUAAUGUAAAUAACAAGCACAUAGUAAACCUUCAAGAAGAAUUUAAUAGCAUUUGUACCAUUAUCAUUA